GUGAAUAUUCUAGUAUAUGUGCUAUAUAUUGUUAUAUAUCCGGGAUGGGGAGUAUGCAGACGGUGUUUCAGCAGCGGUCAGUCCAUCGCAGUACAGCUAUUGUGAGAGUAUCCAUGAACAGCACUCCCGACUGGAGUUCUCUUCCACGGACACGCCGACUCCCUCAUCGUCAUUCUCCCAUUCUCCCCUAUAUCCAUCGACUCCAUCGUGGCUAGUGAGAGGCACAGUGCAUUCCCUUGCCGGCUCCAUAACUUACUACAGUAUGAUAAGGGGCUGUGGCUGUGGUGUCCUAGAAGCGGGUCAACUGAGGCUGUGUCUACUCUAUUUCACUGAAUCCUGGGCAUCGUCAUUGGAGAUCCCAAGAAACAAUUCACACGGCCUCUCUCCCACCAUCAAGUCAUGCCAUAUCGAGGCAUACAAAAAGAAACACAGACUGAUUCAUUCUCACGAUCCCCUCGUCGUAUGCCAUCUAAUCAUGUCCCACUCACCCAUGACUACGCGAUUCAUUCCCUGCGAUUUAUUCCCUGCGAUUCAUUCGUUUUCUCAACAAACAUCGACGACCCUCCAACGCAUCUGCUUCCAUCGCAGCAGCACCAGCCCACCAGCACAUCAACACUCUGCGCCUGCCUUCACAAUGGCAGACUCGGAAUCCGCCCCCAAGUUUGCGCCGUUCAUUGGAAUGGCCGGAAUUGCGUUUGCGAUGAUCUUUGGCACUAUUGGCGCCGCAUACGGCACGGCGAAAUCGGGCAUUGGAAUCUCGGGCGUGGGAACGUUUAGACCAGACCUCAUCAUGAAGUCCCUCAUCCCCGUCGUCAUGUCCGGCAUCAUCGCCGUCUACUCCCUCGUCAUCGCCGUCCUAAUCGCCGGCGACAUGGCCCCACCCCCGGGGCAGCACUACGCGCUCUUCACGGGCUUCCUGCACCUCGCCGCGGGCCUGUCUGUCGGGCUCACGGGCCUAGCGGCGGGGUAUGCGAUUGGGAUUGUGGGGGAUAUGGGGGUGAGGAGUUAUAUGCAGCAGUCUAGGAUUUUUGUGGGGAUGGUGCUGAUUCUGAUUUUUGGGGAGGUGUUGGGGUUGUAUGGGUUGAUUGUGGCGUUGAUUUUGAAUACGAAGAGUAGGGGAUGA